AUGGACUUCGGGUAUGACGAGAAUGGCAACCGCACCACCGCGGACCGUGACGCUGACAGCAACGAGGAGAACGCGCAGGCGCAAUCCGCGCACGACUCCGACAACGGGGUCACCCCGCAGCCGUACGGAGCGGAGGAAGACACUGAUCAUCGUCACAACCACCAACGUCCACAGCAGAACGGUGACACCGACUCCAGCUCCGACUUCAGCGAUGAUGUUGAGCUCAUUAUCGGCGAAGAAGGCACGCAGGCGCUGCACCAGCCGCUGGUAGACCAGAAUGAAGUGGUGCAGCCGUCUGGCCUGCGCAACGCAAACCGCAAAGAAGCGGGAUUCCUCUUAGAGAACCGCCAUGCCGGAAAGGACGGCGCUGCCACCGCGUCAUCGGCGUCGCCGCUGCUCAUCGAAGGCGGUCGACGGCCGACCUCAACGCAGCAGACGUACAUGGACGUCUUGGCCUCCCUCCCGGACCGCAUGCGUAACUUCGUCCUUGUCGGCUCUCUUCACCACGGCAAGACCUCGUUGGUGGAGAUCCUUCUCGCGGAGAAGCCCUACCACAAACGGAAAGAUGAGGAGGAUCGUGAAAUGACGCUGAAGAGUCACGUCAUCACUACCGUCGCGGGUGGCGCCGCUUUGCAGCCGACGUCGCGGCAGCUCACGAUCAUCGACACGCCGGGACAUCCCGAUUUAAUCGGGGAAGCCGCGGCGGGCAUGCGGCUGGCGGACGCUGUCCUCUUCUGUGUCGAUGCGGCAGAGUCACUCAGCGAUCACGGCGCGCAGCUGCUCCGCCACGCCGUGGUGCAGGAACAACUGCCGGUGGUCCUCGUACUCACCAAAGUGGACCGCCUCAUGGUGGACCUGAAGCUGCCCCCGUUGGAUGCGUAUCGAAAGCUGCGCAUGGUCGUGGACACGGUGAACAACGUUAUUGCCAGCUGCGGCACCACCUACGACGCCUACCUCGUCUCGCCUGAGCGCGGCACCGUCUGCUUCGCCUCUGCCAGGUUGGGCCUCUUCCUUUCCCUCGAAACGUUUGCUCUGAAGUACGCCGCCGUCUUCCCUGGCCUCAACGCGGCCGCCCUCGCCACGAAGUUCUGGGGCCAGAUCACGUACGAGAAGAAGACCUUUCGCAAGAUUACGACUUUCAGACAGAGGCCCAGCUUCGUGCAGUUCGUGCUGGAGCCGCUGUACAAAAUUGUUGCCCACGCGGUGACGGGCGACGGAGGCGAGACCUUGUCCAGCAGCUUGACAGCGCUGCCGCGAUCACCCCUGUCGGCCACGCAAGAGGCAAUUCGGCAUUUCUGUGGCGCGCCGACCGGCGACUCCCUCGACGCGCUCCUCAGCGUGCUGCCGCCACCGAUGGCGCGAUCGCAGUGGCUGGCGGAGCGCUACGGUGCCGGGGCCUUGUGUGCUUCCUCUUCCGACGAAACAGCAUCAGCGGCGCACUCGCACCCUCCUGCGGACGAUUUAGUCAUUGCGGUGGCAUCGCUGCAGCGCGUCUUCGACACGAAGAGCACUCUUGCGGCGGUGGUGCGUGUGGCGCACGGUACCCUGGUGUCGAACAGCCGGCCGAGCAAUCACCCGUCUGCCUCGACAGCCGACAAGAGCCGCCAGCGACUCAUCGCGUUUGACGAGUUCAGCAGCGACGCCGACCCGUACUACGAGGUGGAGGUGCAAGAGAUCUUUCUACGCACCGUGGAGGACGGCUUUCUCCCCGUGCAGCGCGCCACUGCCGGGCAGACCGUCUACGUCACCGGCCUUCCAGCUCGCGCAGGAUCGCACUUUGUGUUGGUCGGCGGUCGUGCAGCGGCGACGGUGCUGGCAGAAGACGAAGGCGCCGCUGGGCCGAUUGCGUCAUCCUCCUCUUUCGCCGCCCCGCUGAUCUCGUCGGAGUGGGUGGAGCAGGUGAAGGUGUACCCUCUGGGCGUGGCGCCGCCGCUGCUGCACGUCGCCGUCGAGGUGCGCGACCCCGCCAAGGCAGUCAGCGUGCAGGACGGUCUCCACGUGCUUCUGCGGACGUCCCCCGGGUUGGACGUGCGUAAAGAAGAGACGGGCGAGUACACGGUGAGUGGGUUUGGUGAGUUGCAGCUGGACACCGCCCUGCACGAGUUGCGGCACGGCCUGUGCGCCGGUGCGCCGGUGGGCAUCUCGCAGCCGUUCGUUACGUUUUCGGAAACGGUGAACGACGCGGCGGGUUUGCUGGCGAUGACCGGGACACGGAAUAAUUCGAUUGGCUUUGUGAGCGGCACGCUGCCGCGUUCGUUUACGCAGGCCGUCGAGUACAAGCAGCUCGACUUGUUUCCUCCGUCGGUGGAGGGGGAGAGCGGUGCCGGACAGCGGCAGACGCGGAAGCUGUGGACUGUGCUACGCAACGACUACGGCUUUGACGCGCUGGACGCGCAGCACAUUCUCGCCGCAGGCCCCGAUGCCACGAAAGGUCCGAGCAUUCUCAUAGACGACACCCUGCCAGAGGAGACCCACCACGCUUUCAAGGACGCACAUCAGCGCGCCAUCAUUUCCGCCUUCCGCACCACGAUGGCCGCCGGACCUCUCGUCGGCGAGGUGGUGCGCGGUGUUGGGGCGAAGCUGAUCUUCGCGGACAUCGACGCCUCGACCAGAGACGCGGUGGUGCUGUCGAAUUCGCGCACGGCGCUGCGCCACGCCCUCUUCGGUGCCCGACCUCGUCUGAUGGAGCCGGUGCUGGCGGCUGAGAUCUUGUGCGCGCCGGAGUGCGUGCCGCAGCUCGGAGAAAUCUUGCAGCAGCGGCGGGGCGCGUUGCUGGGCGAGGAGCUCGUCGCCGCCACGACGCUGGUGCGUGCCCGUGCCCUGGUGCCGGCCAUGGACAGCUUUGGAUUAGAGACGCAGAUCCGCAUGCUGACUCACGGACAGGCGUUCCCGCUGUUCCGUUUUCAUCAGUGGGAUGUCGUGCCAGGCGAUCCGUUUGACGCGAGUAUCCACGUCGGACCGCUCGAGCCCGCGAGGAGCUAUCAGCUGGCCCGCGAUUUUGUGUUGAAGACGCGGUUCCGCAAAGGUUUGCCGCUGAACAUGCUCUCCGAUCUCUAA